UUGGAGAAAUUCACAAGCCUGAGGAAGGUGUUCACUUGGGACAAGCAUUAUUAGAAAAUGGAAUUAUCCAUCAUGUUACUGAUAAACAUCAAUUUAAGCCAGAGCAGAUGUUAUACAGAUUCCGCUAUGAUGAUGGUACAUAUUACCCAAGAAAUGAGAUGCAGGAUAUGAUUUCAAAGGGUGUGAGAUUAUAUUGUCGUCUUCAUAGUCUGUUUACUCCAGUAAUAAGAGACAAAGAUUACCAUUUAAGGACCUACAAAUCUGUGGUCAUGGCCAACAAAUUCAUAGACUGGUUAAUUGCACAGGGGGAUUGCCGCACUAGAGAAGAGGCAAUGAUAUUUGGCACCGCGCUCUGUGACAGUGGAUUUAUGCAUCAUGUUCUUGAAAAAAGUGAAUUCAAAGAUGAACCUCUGCUUUUCCGUUUUUUUUCGGAUGAGGAAAUGGAAGGAUCAAAUAUGAAGUAUCGACUCAUGAAACAUGAUUUAAAAGUUGUGCAAAAUGUUAUAGCUAAAUCUCUUCUGGUUAAAUCUAAUGAAGGUAGCUAUGGCUUUGGGCUAGAAGACAAAAAUAAAGUUCCAAUAAUAAAGAUGGUAGAAAGGGGGUCUAAUGCUGAGAUGGCUGGCAUGGAAGUUGGGAAAAAGAUUUUUGCCAUUAAUGGUGACCUAGUUUUUAUGAGACCUUUCAAUGAAGUGGAUUGCUUCCUGAAAUCGUGCUUAAACAGCAGAAAGCCUCUGAGAAUUCUCAUGAGCACAAAGCCAAGGGAGACAGUCAAAAUCCCAGAUUCAGCCGAUGGACUCGGAUUUCAAAUCCGAGGGUUUGGCCCUUCUGUUGUGCAUGCCGUAGGAAGAGGUACUGUGGCUGCAGCAGCAGGCCUUCAACCUGGACAGUGUAUUAUCAAAGUAAACGGCAUCAAUGUCAGCAAAGAGUCACAUGCCAGUGUCAUUGCACAUGUGACAGCCUGCAGGAAAUACAGGCGUCCUAUGAAGCAAGAUUCCAUAGAGUGGGUUUAUGAUAGUCUUGAGAGUGCUCAGGAGGAUCUCCAAAAAUCUAACUCCAAAGUCCCUGGAGAGGAAGCAGGGGAUGCUUUUGACUGCAAAGUAGAAGAGGUCAUUGACAAGUUCGACACCAUGGCCAUCAUUGAUGGGAAGAAGGAACACGUGAGUCUGACAGUGGACAAUGUCCACCUGGAAUAUGGGGUGGUAUAUGAGUACGACAGCACAGCUGGAAUCAAGUGCAAUGUGGUGGAGAAGAUGAUCGAGCCCAAAGGAUUCUUCAGCUUAACUGCCAAGAUUCUUGAAGCCCUGGCUAAAAGCGAUGAUCAUUUUAUACAAAACUGCACCAGCCUUAAUUCUCUAAAUGAAGUGAUUCCUGCUGACCUUCAGAGUAAAUUUAACACCAUUUGCAGUAAAAGAAUUGAACACAUACGUCAUAGAAUAUCCAGUUAUAAAAAGUUCUCUCGUGUGUUGAAGAAUAGAGCCUGGCCCACCUUUAAACAGGCCAAAUCUAAAAUCUCUCCACUCCACAGCAGUGAUUUCUGCCCUACCAACUGCCAUAUCAAUGUGAUGGAAGUUUCUUAUCCUAAAACGUCAACUUCCCUGGGGAGUGCCUUUGGUGUUCAGUUGGAUAAUAGGAAACAUAAUUCUCAUGAUAAAGAAAAUAAAUCUUCUGAGCAAGGGAAACUGAGCCCUAUGGUGUACAUUCAGCAUACAAUUACAACCAUGGCGGCCCCCUCAGGUCUGUCCCUGGUACAGCAAGGUGGCCAUGGUCUCCGGUAUCUAUUAAAAGAAGAAGAUUUAGAGACUCAAGAUAUCUAUCAGAAGCUGCUGGGCAAACUUCAGACUGCACUGAAAGAGGUGGAGAUGUGUGUUUGUCAAAUUGAUGACCUUUUGUCUUCCAUAACAAAUUCCCCUAAAUUGGAUCAUAAGACAUCAGAGUGUAUAACACCAAUAGACAGUGACAAUGAGAAGGGGGAAAGAAAUAGCAAACGAGUGUGUUUUAAUGUAGCAGGAGAUGAGCAGGAAGAUUCGGGUCAUGACACCAUCAGCAACAGAGACUCUUACAGCGACUGCAACAGCAACAGGAACUCCACCGCCUCCUUCACGAGUGCCUGCAGCAGCCGGUGCAGUUCGUAUUUUCACAGUGACGAGAUGGACUCAGGUGAUGAACUUCCCCUAAGUGUUCGCAUUUCUCAUGAGAAACAGGACAAGAUACAUAGUUGCCUUGAGCAUCUUUUCAGCCAGGUGGAUUCAAUUAUCAAUCUCCUAAAAGGCCAGGCUGUUGUAAGAGCCUUUGAGCAAACCAAGCAUCUCACACCAGGUCGAGGAUUACAAGAAUUUCAGCAAGAAAUGGAACCAAAGCUGAGUUGUCCAAAAAGGUUAAGACUUCACAUCAAGCAAGAUCCUUGGAAUCUUCCCUGCAGUGUCCGGGCUCUUGCUCAGAACAUCAGAAAAUUUGUUGAAGAGGUGAAAUGUAGAAUACUCCUAGCUCUUCUUGAAUAUUCAGACAGUGAAACGCAGCUCCGGAGAGACAUGGUUUUCUGCCAGAGUCUGGUGGCCACUGUCUGUGCCUUCUCUGAGCAGCUCAUGGCUGCCUUAAACCAGAUGUUUGACAACAGCAAGGAAAAUGAGAUGGAAACUUGGGAAGCUAGCAGAAGAUGGCUUGACCAAAUAGCAAAUGCUGGUGUUCUUUUUCACUUUCAGUCACUUCUGUCUCCGAACCUGACAGAUGAACAAGCCAUGCUAGAAGAUACACUGGUUGCACUGUUUGAUUUGGAAAAGGUUUCUUUUUACUUUAAACCAUCAGAAGAGGAACCACUUGUUGCAAAUGUACCUCUUACAUAUCAAGCAGAAGGAACCCGGCAAGCUCUGAAAAUUUACUUCUACAUUGACAAUUAUCAUUUUGAGCAACUGCCUCAACGGUUGAAAAAUGGAGGAGGGUUUAAAAUUCACCCUGUUCUUUUUGCACAAGCAUUGGAGAGCAUGGAAGGGUAUUACUAUAGAGACAAUGUUUCAGUGGAAGAAUUUCAAGCUCAGAUAAAUGCAGCUUCAUUGGAAAAGGUCAAGCAGUACAACCAGAAGCUCAGGGCAUUCUACGUGGACAAAUCAAACUCUCCACCAAACUCCACAUCCAAAGCUGCCUAUGUAGAUAAGCUAAUGAGGUCUCUCAACGCUUUGGAUGAACUGUAUCGCCUGGUAACCUCGUUCAUCAGAUCCAAACGCAUAGCUGCCUGUGCAAACACAGCUUGCAGUGCCUCUGGGGUUGGUCUGCUGUCAGUUUCCUCUGAGCUGUGUGAACGGCUGGGAGCCUGCCACGUCAUCAUGUGCAGCAGUGGCGUGCACCGGUGCACCCUGAGUGUGACACUGGAGCAGGCCAUCAUUCUAGCCAGAAGUCACGGGCUGCCUCCUCGCUACAUUAUGCAGGCCACAGAUGUCAUGAGGAAGCAGGGAGCAAGAGUUCAGAACACAGCAAAGAAUUUGGGAGUCAGAGACCGGACCCCUCAGUCGGCUCCAAGACUGUACAAGCUCUGCGAACCACCUCCCCCAGUCGGAGAAGAAUGAAGAGAAUUGCCACUGAGCCAGCUGUUUGAAAGACAGAAACCAUGAAACAGAUUUUCACCCUUCAAGACCGUGAGGAUGGGAAGGGAAGAUGGGGAAGAAGGAGAGAGGAGAUAGAAAUGAUCGACAACACAGUAUGUGUAUGGACCAGUUCCCUAAGAAGAAUCACUAACAUGUAUGAAUUAAAAAAAAAGAGCUCACAAACUCAAUGCAUGUAUGAAAAAAAAUCUACAAAUAUGACUGGGAGAGAUGAUAACUGCUAAGGAGGAAACAGAAAACAGAAGCUUACAUAGGCCACAACAUAGGAAAACUCCUCAGGAGACCACAGACUUAUACUAUUCUGUGCAUUAAAUAGCCAAUCUCGCAAGUCUUAUGUAGUUCUUACUAUAUGGGAGCCACUGCCUAGUUGGAGAGUCUUACAAAUGUAUGUAAUUCCGAAAAUGUAAGGUUAAGGAGCUUGUCGUUCUUCAAGGUGAUUCAUGAAGUACACAGAAUGGUAGCUAGCAACCUAAGAUAAUUCAUACUAACACUAAACGAGAUAAGGCCAUGAGAAGCAUGCACUGUAGAAACUCAAGAGAAUUUUGAUUCAAUCAAGCAUGAAUGUACUAGACAUAGACAGAAUACUUAGCUACUGAGCUAAGCUAGAUAUCUCAUAAGUAAAAAUACAUGUAUAGCCAUUGCCCUUAUGGAAUUUACAGUCUAAGGGGAAAAAUAUGAUAUUUUAAAAAUACAAAAAUGUUAAGAAAAUACUAGGUCAGCAAAGGUGGUCUGUUUUCGGCAUGACUAAGAUUAAGCAAAACAAAAAGAGAACCUUUGUAACCUUAACAAAAUGAGCAUGAAAAUGAACACAAUGAUCGAAACAAACAGGUGUCAAUGGUGUGGUGAGUAGGUUCACCUGUCCAGAGGAUAUAGAUCUGGGGAUGUGGUUAGAAGAGCUCGGUGGUAAGUGAGAUUAAGUCUGGGUGAUAUGGAUCUCUAGAUGCCACACUAAGAAGUCUGGACAGUGGACACCGUGAGUAUAAGAGAAGCGAUGAAUAAUUGAUGACAGUCAUAAAGAAUUAUGAAUACCAAGUGGGAAGUUAGAAUAUGUGUACAUUGUAGACUUGAAGGCUGGCUUAGAAAUGCCAAAACUAAUAAGUGAGGGAAAUGAAAAUCAAUAACUGGAUUUUGCUUUUUGGAGAUUGAUGGUAUACUCUGAGAUGGUAGGUUUAAUACAGUUUUAAAAAUAAAAACAUAGAAUCAACAAGCAUAGGCUGUUUUAGAGCAGCUUACCGAGCUAGGUGUGGUGACACAUAUUUUCCAGCAUUUGGGAGGCUGAGGCAGGAGACCAGCCUGGCCUACAUAGUGAGUUCAAGGCCUGCAGGAGACCCUGUCUCAAAAAUCAAAAAAAUACAACACCUUGCCAAAUACCUGUGUUCCACAGAUGCCAUUAGGUCUGAACACAUACACUAAUACCGUGCAUACGAGUAUUUUGUGGUAAAACAAAUUUAAGAAAAACAAAGUUAAACAGGUUUAUUAUAGGACCUCCCCAGGCUUCUAAUACAAUAAUAAGCGUGACUUAGGAGUAGAAAAGUUGUAACCAACCCAGGUCUCUAGUCCAUUUUGGAGCCAACUGUACCUGACCCAACAGCCAGCCUUCACUAGCAGUCUGAUCUCAGGUCCCUCCUGUCCCAGGUAUCACCUGUGGGAGACAGCCCACUACUUCAAGCUUUCCCCACCCAGGUGCCAAUCGUGAGGGACCUAGACCUGCUAUUUUGUUCUCUUUGACCCCAGGGGAAAUGAAGAUGAAUGGCAAAGAGACACAAGUCAGUAUAACAUGCAGGCAGCCAAGGACUCUUGCCUGUAGUAGACAGAGAAAUCCCACACUCCCACUUGCCUCUGGCUCAUCUGACCUUUAUUCAUCUAAACACAAGUACAAGCAAUCAAAGUAACCCAAGAUUCAUCUGCUUUCCAAUACACAUUAGUAUGUGUUCAGAUAAACAACUUAACCUUGGCUGUUUUAAACUUUUCCUAGACCCCGCAGUGCCAUCACCCCUGAGUGCAGUCUUUCUCCUUUGUGCUCACAGAGGCCAAUUAAGCCUCAAUUCUCUGGUCUUCCACAAGAGGUGAUUACACUGUUUCCUAAACUCGCUAGAAGGAAGGAUGUAUUUCAUGCAGGACUUGUAAAUGUAUUUUCAGAAUGCAAAUGUUGAUCAAAGCACAAUAUGGAAAAACUUUUAGAAAUUAUGUAGUACGAAAGGAAAGGUAAAUAUGUUAAUGGGAGAUGGUAGACUCUUUACCUGGUGGUGUUGCAUUUGGGGGUUCAAGGAAGAAAUGGCAACUCUUUGCAUAAAUGAACACUAACAACAGAUUAUAAUUGAGAGCAGGUUGUGACUGUAAUCUUUGUUCUCUCACCAUUCAUCUAUGUUCAGGCUCUAAUGGCCAAUAGAAAUUUAUUCCACCAAAGGAAGAAUGCAAAUGCCUGAGCUCCUUUCUAUCUCUUAAGCCUUUAAAUAUGAAGACAUGUUGAACUAGGUCCCCAUUCCCUAGAGUCCGAGAUUUAGUACCAGUUCGUAGCCUAUUAACUUGGCCACACAGUGAGAAGCAAGCAGUGGGUGGGCAAAUGAAGCUUCAUUUGUAUUCAUAGCUGCUCUUUGUGGCUCACAUUAUGCCAUGAGCUCUGCCUCCUGAUAGGAGCAUGAACCCUACUGUGAACUGUGUAUUUGGGGGAUCUAGGUUGGGUACUUCUUAUGUAAAUCUAAUCCUGAAACUAUUCCCCCAACCCCUCUGCUGUGGCUAAUAUCUAGAUGUCUUCCCAAACCCACGUGCUCAUAGGUGGAGUUUUUCAGAGGAGGCUGGAUUGAGGGUGUGUGAUACUGAGGUUGAAUAUGGGUGUUAACUAAAUGGAUUUAGCAUAGUUCUAGGGGUGGAUAAUGUGAAGGUGCAUUCUGGGUCUGGGUGGCACUGUUCUAAAGAUUUAUAGUCUAGAAGGAAUAAAAGGGGAAGGGAGGCUUGCUGCUGCUGAUUUCUGCCAGCUCUGCCAUAGACUGCUUCUCCUCUGCCAUGCGGCCGUUCCCUGGAACCAGCUGACU